UAUUGUUGUCAAAAAUUGAAAUUWAUUUYUGUGUUAACAAAAUUUAAAAUCAUUUUUCAAUCAUGCGGUUCCUAUACAURACUGYRCUAAUUAGUGUGGCUUUCCAUCAUAUUAAUCACUGUGAAGCCAUGAAUAACCGACCAUUAAUUGGUAUAUUAACACAGGAGUACUGGAAAGAGYCAACACUWACCCAUUCGUAUAUAGCGGCCAGUUAUGUCAAAUAUAUAGAAAGUGCCGGUGCUAGAGUGGUACCCAUACUAAUCAAYCAAACAGAAACUUAUUACAGAAAAGUUUAUAAGAUAACAAACGGUCUGUUACUGCCUGGCGGUGGACAGGACUUACAUACGUCGGGAUAUGCAAAAGCUGGUCGUCUGUUAUGGCAAUUAUCACAGAAAGACUCAACSCGUCGGUACCCGAUUUGGGCUACUUGUCUGGGAUUUGAGUUUAUCGGUAUAUUAUAUGGCGCCGAACUGAGCACCUGUAGUGCCAAAGAUGUCAACUUUGGUCUCGACCUGAGACCUGACUAUAAAACCAGUCGUCUUUUUAGUCGGGCUGAGCCGUCAAUUAUCAAAAUUGUCGAGUCAGGAGAAGCYGUCACAUAUAAUGAACAUCAGAAAUGUAUAGAUGAGACAACAUUUGAGUCAUCUAAGCUCAGGGAUCAUUUUAGGAUUAUAUCGACAAACAAGGAURUAAAGGACAARCCGUUUAUAUCGACAAUGGAGUCGACAAAUACCGAUUUUCCCAUAUAUGGUGUCCAAUGGCAUCCGGAGAAGAAUCAGUUUGAGUUCGUCCACAACAACAAGUGGAAGGGCGGUCCUCAUCAGUUCAAUGCCAUACAGUUGAGCCAAUAUAUGGCCAAYUUUUUUGUCAACGAAUCCAGAUAUACGACAAGUCAAGCUAUUGAAGAAAAAUCGUUAAAAGAUUUAUUGAUMUAUAAUUAUCAACCCUUAUAUACCGGUGCUCAGGAUGACUACUAUUAUGAACAAAUCUAUUUGUAAUAUGACACAAAUUCA